GCCCGGGCGCGUCAGGCGUGAGGUGGCGCGCGGCGGGAGCGGUGCUGCGAUCCCGUCGGGAAGGAGGAAGAGGGGGAAGGCGGGGAUCAGCCCGCUAAAAGCCGGUCUAAAUCAUGGCUAAGUACGACGAUCUGGGUUUGGAAGCCAGCAAGUUCAUCGAGGACCUCAAUAUGUACGAGGCCUCCAAGGACGGGCUCUUUCGCGUGGACAAAGCUGCCGGCAACAACCCCGAGUUUGAGGAGACCAGGCGGGUGUUCGCCACCAAAAUGGCCAAGAUCCACCUCCAGCAGCAGCAGCAGCAGCAGCAGCAGGAGGAGAUGCUGAUGGCCGCGCUGAACGGAGGGGCUGCUUUCAACCCCCCCCGGCCCAGCCUGCCUGUGGCACGGGGGUCCAAGCCGCCACCGGCCGCCACUGAGGGGCCGCGCAUGAGGCCGUACGAUGGAGGGGAGCGCGGCUUCGGCGAGGCGCCGGGCAGCCAGGCUGGGCGCCGGGGAUGGGAAGCGGAGCCCAACAGGAUCCCCAGACCCGCUGUGGGGCACAGGGAGCAACAGGCCGGGACCCCCGGUGACCCUCAGCCCUGCCGUGGUGGGCAGGAGAAUGGCAGCAAGGGCCAUGAGCCGGCGCCAGCCGGGCAGAGAUCCUCCUUCUCGCAUGCCCGGGCCCCCCCGGCACCCUCGGCAGGGACAGAGGAUGGGGUACCGGGGGCCCUGCCGCAGCAGAGGUCCUUCUCGGCCCCCCGGGGGGUUGAGCCCUGCGGUCCCAGGGCCGGAGGGGACAGCAGCCAACUGUGGUACCAGGGCGUCCCGCUGUCCUUCCCCGCCAGCCCUGCGCCCGCCGCCCCCAGCGCGGACUACCAGCACACCGCGGCUUACGCCAGCCCAGCCGGACACUUGGUGGCCCACGGUCAGAACCACCGGCCCAACGGCAGCAGCGCAAGCCCCGAGCCGGGCUCGUCGCGCCUGGCCACACGUGGGGUGACGGCUCCGGAUGCUCCGCAGCCGCUUUUCUCCGAGGGAGUGAGCGGCCCUCGGCCGGACACCGGGCACCUCGAGGGCUCCGGCACGGCGAAGGUGAAGCUGCCCUGCCAGACCCUCCUUCCACAGCCGGAGCAAGGGCCAUCGGCGGCUGAGCUGAAGCUGGAGGCGCUGACCCAGCGCCUGGAGCAGGAGAUGGAUGCUCGGCCGAAGGCUGAUUACUUUGGCACCUGCGUGAAGUGCAGCAAGGGGGUGUAUGGAGCAAACCAGGCUUGCCAGGCCAUGGGCAACCUCUACCAUGAUGCCUGCUUCACGUGCGGAGCAUGCAGUCGAAAGCUGAGAGGAAAAGCUUUUUAUUUCGUCAAUGGCAAGGUGUUCUGUGAAGAAGAUUUCCUGUAUUCUGGUUUCCAGCAGUCAGCUGACAGAUGUUUCAUUUGUGGUCAUUUGAUAAUGGACAUGAUCCUGCAGGCUCUAGGGAAAUCAUAUCAUCCAGGCUGCUUCCGAUGCGUGGUCUGCAAUGAGUGUCUGGACGGCGUGCCAUUCACUGUAGACUCUGAAAACAAAAUCUACUGCGUCAGAGAUUACCACAAAGUUUUAGCUCCAAAGUGUGCAGCGUGUGGACUUCCCAUUCUGCCCUCCGAGGGGUCUGAUGAGACCAUUCGGGUUGUGUCCAUGGACAAGGAUUACCAUGUGGAAUGCUAUCACUGUGAGGACUGUGGGAUGGAACUGAACGACGAGGAUGGGCAUCGCUGUUACCCACUAGAUGAACACUUGCUUUGUCACUCCUGUCAUCUGAAACACAUAGAGAACGGCACAACCCCAGCAGCUGCAUACCAGCACCACUACUAGCCUGCAUGGCUGACAUCAGAAAGCCAGGACAGAAGAUGGUUACAUGAUCUCCUUCUCCCCACCCUCAGUUGAUUUCCUGUGCAUGUUUUUCGCCAGUCGGCGAUGUUCCUGUGAAAGGAUAUGAGAGCUUUUUGCUGGAUUCCCAGGGGUUUUAUGCCUGUGAGUUCCAGCUGUAUCAAACCACGUCUACUUGACCAAGUAUGUGGCGUGUUACCUAAACUGGUUUACUUCUAUGUGCCUUUUUCUGCUGUCUGGAGAUUCCUCUUGGCUCCUUGUGGAAGAUUCUUCAGUGAAAGCACAAUUUGCUGUCGUGCCUAUGAAUUCAGAUGGUGCCAUGCACAAGUAAAAAGCCAGAGGCUGGCUUGUCUGCCUGCCUACCUGAUGGGGACAUCCCAUCAGUCUUAUAUUAAAAGUUUCCUGAGAAGCACAUUUCAUCAGAUUCCCUGAAGGACAUCAACCUUUUAAUACCAGUUUUUAGACACUCUCUUUUUAUUAAUUGUUUAGGAAAAGACAAGAAAGGAGUCUGUGCAAAAUGGCACACUCAGACCUUUCAGUUAAUUCACAGGUAUUGAGCCUGGCUGUAAAAGCACCAACUGUCCAAGCACAGACCAGGCAUGCUGGCUGGCAGCUGGAGACCAACAUCCCAUUUCAAACAGAUCAGAAGACUGGAGCAAGCUAGGCUGAGCUACCACGAUGAUUUGGGGUUCUGGGCUUGCAUGUCAGCAUGAUACACAGGGGCCAGCCUGCUGUGUCAGAGCAAAUAGUGGAUCAUGUUCGGAAAGGAGAGGUCAAGAUGCUGAAAGUGUGGACAUGGGGGAAAUCCAUCCUCAUUCCUGUUUGCAGAGCAAAAGCUCUCCCUGCACAGACACUUGCCUGAGUUUCCCAGUUUGUCCCCAUAGCUCAGCCCCCAGGCUGGCCACUCCUUCCCAUGGUGUUUACCCAGCACAAAGCCAUUUCAUAAUGGUGCUUAUUUAGAGCUCGAGAUCCUUAUGAAGGCUUUGUUUCACAGGGAUUUAGAGCCCAGCUCCACAAGCUGUACUCAGAUGAGUAUGUUGGUAUAAACAAAUGUGCUCCCAUGAAUAACAACAGCUUAUGUGAGAGAGUGAUUAGAGUUUGGCCCUUGCUCUCUAAAGCAGAAAGGCAAAUCGUUUCUCUUUUUGACCCCUACUCAAAGGAAUGUGCUCCCCCAGUUUGUGUUACCUAGAUGAUAGGUGUGCCUGCAGGGCAUGUUCUGUGGGUACCAAAGCUGUGCAGCCCCUCGUGUACCAGGUACAAAGCUUUUCUUUAAGAAAAAGCUCUUAAUUUAAAGCCUCGGGUUCAUUUGGGGUUCUUAGUUACCCUUUCCAACGUAUUGUGUUGAGUUAAAUCCUCAUCUAUCUAUGCUAAAGAUGCAAAUUUGGUUCUGACUGGUAAGAGGAGGACAUUCUUGAAGAUCGUUUUAGUGAGGAAACUACAAUAAAUUAGCUGAGCAGUGGCACGGGGACUCCCAAAAUGAGCCUGUCCUGAGAACCCACCAUGGUUCAACCAAACCUCUUUUCCAGUAGCAUGGAUGGAGGUGCUUAAACAUCACACCAUGUAGUCAGACUGCCUCGUGUACCCAUCAGGAGCAGCUCAGGUGCUGGGCAGCCACCAGCUGCCUGUCUCUGCUAGUACAUACCACAGGCCUUCAAUUUGAGCGGUACAAAAUGCUGUGCUAAGUAUUGAAUGGUAAAACAAAUGGAGACCAGUGACCUCUUAGCACCCUCCUGCAUGUCUCUAUGGCUUGCCUUGGCUGAAAUGUGAACAUCCCAAACUGCCCAAGCCUCAGGAAGUUUUGGCAUGGAGUUCGAUGGGGCCGACAGACCAUCCAGCCUUUUGCCCCAUCCAGCUGUAAGCACCUCUGCCCGUUGUUACUGCUCUUGGGGAUGGCAGCACACAUCUGGAGGUCAGUCGUGUGCUGGGAACCAGCAGGAGCUCCAGCGUUGGUGUAUCUUGGCUCUGGAGCAUUGUUUCUUCUGGGGACAUGCAGCCCCUCAGGGAGAGACCGAAAGCUCCAGAGAGGAAACUUUCCCACUGCAGUACACAUGGCUCUGGGGCAUAUUUAUCUUUGGAGAGUUGUACCUGUGAUUUUAGAGGAGGUAAAAUUGACACCAAAUAGGUGAGCUCUCUAGGGCCUUAAAUUUAGCCUCCAAAUACUGGGUAGUGAGGGAUGGGAGCAGGUUUCAAGGUGUGACUGUGAUGUUAGGACUGUCAGAAGGGACUGAGGUGGGACAUAACACCAGCUGAUGUCCUGGUAAAUAACUCAGUCCUUGAGCUUCCUUUGGCAGUGAGAUAUCAAAGUGGCUUCUGGAAGUGAGCUGGAAACAGCAGCCUUGGUCGCCUGUUACUGUCUCUUUUGCUAGCUCUUGAGUUUUAGAGCAUUUCCUGGCCUUUGUUUUGGAAAGAUCUGGAAACACCAGUGGGACUGAUGCUUUCUUUUUAAGCUGCAGUUUAAACUACUGCCUCACUCUUGCAGCCUUCCCCACAAACCCCAAAUUGCAGGAAAGAAGAGGAGAGGGAGAAGGGCCAUUUUCCUUGGUGGAAAGCCUUGAGCAGCCUGUUUGUGGUGAGCUCUCUGGAGGAGCCCCCUUUGAUCACUGGGAAGCUGCUCCCACACUGUGUCUUCUUACUCCUGCCAGCCAUAGAAUCACAGACUGGUUUAGGUUGAAAAGGACCUUAAGAUCAUCCAGUUCCAACCCCCUGCCACGGGCAGGAACACCCCACAUUAGACCAUGUCACCCACGGCCCUGGCCAACCUGGCCUUGAUCCAUCCCGUAUCCCUCAGUGCUGGGGAAAUGAAGGCUGCCCUACUUCCAGUUUUGAGGUCCUAUGUAAAUUAUUAAGUGUCAAUGCUUUCCUUUCCUGUGUUUACAGAGCUAGAAACAACAGUGUGAAGCUACUGAAAAUGGAGCAUGUGAGCUUGUGGGUUUGAAGCUGAAGCACCUACUGCAUUGCCCUGCGUGUGCUGACUUGCUCUGCUUUUAUCUUUGAGAGUUAGAAUUCAUUUAAGCUUAUUAUUUCUCCAAGGCUGUGGGUGUCUGAGUCCCUGUUGAUUGUCCCCAGCAUGUCUCUGGCUCUGCAGCUGCCUGACGGUGGGUCUGGGAUGGGGGAAUCAUAGAAUCAGACUGGUUUGGGUUGGGAAGGACCUUAAGAUCAUCCAGUUCCAACCCCCUGCCAUGGGCAGGGACACCUCACACUAGAGCAGGUUGCUCCAAGCCCCGUCCAGCCUGGCCUUGAACACUGCCAGGGAUGGAGCAAUUACCAGUUUUUUGGUAACAGCCUGUUCCAGUGCCCAAAGAAGGGGUAAACUUCCCCGUGUUGCUGCACAGAGGAGGCUUCUCCUCCUCCUGACCCCUCCACCAGGAGUCAGUGGAGCUGCAAGCCCUCCCUGCCUGCCUUCAGGCAGCUCUCCCAAAGGGAAAAGCGGGCAGGCCGGUAGCUCUGGAGCUGGAGCUCCGAGGCUUUGUGUCUUCUGCAGAGGAAUUGCAGGAAAGGUGUUCAGUUCUGCCUCGCUCUUCGCUGAUACGCGAUGGGUUCUGCAUUGGUUUCAUAUGAACCUUGUUGUCUAUUUAUUGAGGUGCUGAAGCAUGCUAUGAAAAGUUAGUCUUGUCUCCUCCCCCAGAGUGCUGUUCUGGCUGGUUUUAGGGCAAGGGACCCCUGGAAGUCCUAUUGUGCUGGUAAUGAGUAAUUCACAUGCAAAUAGUUACUCAAGUGAAUUCCCUGGAACUUGCUUUCAGGAACCAGAGCUUAAUAGAUUUUUUUUUUUUCCAUUCAGAUCAUGCUGUUAACACAAAACCUCAUUUGAAUAGGGAUUUUUUUGCAUAAAAGCUGGUGAAAAGGCCUAGCUAUAGACAUUUGUGUGUGAUUCAAAACCUAAGAAACACGUGUGAUCAAAGUGAUUUAGGAAACUGAUGUUAAACACAGGGAACAGCAGUUUCAGGCACGCUGUGAGGAGCAUCUGAUGAGGUGUGUGGCUCUUUCUGAGUUUUGGUUGAGGGCUUUUAAAAUGUUUUCCCGGUCUUCCAGGGUUUAGAUGAUUUUAUUUGUAGAUCUUUUUACUACAAAGUGAAUGGCUCCUUAGGCUGGAAAUGGUGGAGUUUCAUCAGCAUUGGGCCUUGAAAGGGGGAAAAUGGGCUUGGAAAGAGUGGGUAUGGGUCUGGCUGGCUAUUCAAAAGAAAGGGUUAUCUUUGGCUGCUGAGAGAAAGAAGUGAGUAUCUUCCCACGCUUUCUCCUUGCACUGAUUUUUAGCACUGGGCAGAUAUUUGGCAUCCUUGAAUUUCAGUGUUUGGGUCUGUCCGUAAGUGCUGCUGGGACCUCCGCCUCUCUCCCGUGAGCUCACAGCCCUGAGGGGAAUCGCAAGCACAUGCUUCCUGAUGAAUUCAAUCCCUAUUUUGCACUUCCCUGGAAAUUUGACCACCUUAUUAUUUCAGCAACAGCAGACCUGGUCCCUUGCUUAAAGGGAAACUGAUAAAUGCUUUGACCUGAUCCUCCACAUCACCUGAGUAUCAUCCUGCUGCUGGUCCAUGCAGCGACAGCGCUGUACUCCACUGCUGUUGCUGAGAGAAUUGCAUGAAGAACUCCACCUGCAUUGAACUUCCAGUCCCACUGGAAGCAGUAAGGCUGCACAUGUCCAUGAAGAUCAAUGUGUGUGCAUGGAUCAGUAUUGGAUCAAGGGCAGAGUGGUGUUACUACAGACAAGACAUACCUGAGGAUGAAUCUGCGGCAGCAUAAAAGUGGCCUUGAAAUGAUCGCUGGAAUGGACUGCCAGCUUUUCUGUUGGAUAAACAGUAUGUUCUGGAGCACUGGGGUGUACAGAGAAAGGAUGUGAAGGACUCGCUUUUGGUUACCAUAUUCCUGGACGUUUAUUAGAGGGGGUUUUGAGGGGAAGCACACUUGUGUACACUGGUCUGGACCGUUCUUCUCCCAUGCCAGCCUUGGCUGCGUGCUCUGUGUUCAAUUUUGGAGUGGUGUGCGCCAUUGUGUCUGUGCACAUGGAGGUGCAGCACGUGCUGCCUGUGAGACCCCUGCCUUUCACACCUCUGUGCCCAUGCCAAGUGUCUGUAGGUGCAUUUUGAGCAACUUUCUGCGUAGGAUCAUAAGGACAAGUUGACCCAGGCUUCAUCACUGGGGAAACACCUCUGGAGUCAGUACCUGCAGGCAGGGAAGGGCUAUGACCAGAUCCACGUCCCUUUUCCCCCAUCCUCUGAGGCCUGUGUCACUGGGAGAAGCUGGGAGGGGGUUUGUGUUUCUCAUCACGUAACAUUUGUGUGUUCAUUAUUCUUUUCCGUUCCAUGAGUCCAGACAGAGCCUGGAGCUGCUCACCCACCCUUUUCCUAAGGAGAAGCAGAGUCAAGCUUUUCUGAGCAAUAAAACCCCUCACCCUGCUUUCUUCCAGGGCAGCCAGAAGCUCACGUGGCCAUAUGCAAGUUGAGAGAUGGGAAGAAACUAUCCCCAUGUGAAAACACAUGGCACAGAGCCCCACGAAGGCAGACCACAGGGAUGCCCUGUGGAGCAUCUGCAGGUGGAGGGAUGACCAGGCUGCAAUUCCCAGCCCUGGUGGCACCAACCCUUGUCCCCGCGCAGCAGGUCUGCGGAGCACAGCCAGACCUGGGCAUGCUCCCACAGGCUGUGGCUUUCUGUAUCCGGGAAGCAAAUCCAGAGCCUGGCUAAUGAUUCUCAACGGUACUAAUGAUUUCAUUUGUUUCCUUCAAAGCUCAGCUCCGGGAGAGAGUGUUUGAGGAUUUGUGGUGGUGUAGCUAACCUCAGCCACCUCUGAACACAGCCCUCUUCUGUGCUGUUAUGUAUUUAUAAAGGAGUGAAGGCCGGCAGCAGGAGCUGUUGUGAUUUUGGUGAUUAAAGGCAAUAUGGUAAAGCAA